AUGCCUUCUCAACUGACAACCGCCCCUUCAUCUCUCCUUUUCCCCAGGUUUCCCUCCAAGGAAGAGGACUGCCAAGGCUUUCCAUUAUUCUCCGUCGCAAGCUCCGCCAGCAUGUUUCAAUCGAAGGACGAUGAUGUUAGCAUGGUCGACGCCAGUAGCGUCGCUGAGGUUGGCAACAUGGCCGGUGGCAUGUUGUCCAUGGCCACCACAGCGGCUGCAGCACGCGAAGGCGAGGGCUCGACCAGCACCGGCGGCGGCGACCCGUCGAUCAUGCAGCGGCCAAGCUCGUCCAUGCGUUACAAGGGUGUCGUGCUGCAACAAAAUGGGCAUUGGGGCGCACAGAUUUACGCUCACCACCACAGGAUCUGGCUGGGCACAUUCAAGUCGGAGCUUGCGGCGGCGGUUGCUUAUGACAGCGCGGCCAUCAAGCUGCACCGCGGUGACUCCCACCGCAACCUCCCACGGAACGAGAUCACCAUCCACGAGGCUCGAUUCCAGGAGCAAUUCUCCACCGACUCGAUUCUUGAGAUGAUCAAAAAUGGGUCGUACGAGUCGAGAUUUGCCGAGUACCUACAGGUCAUCCAGUCCUCCUUGGCAGCACCAUCGAGGGUCUCAUCUCGUAGCGGAUUUGGUGGUGGUGGCGGCGGUGGCGAUGGCGGUACAAUAUGUUGCGAAAUGUUUACAAAGGAGCUAACGCCGAGCGAUGUAGGAAAGCUGAAUAGGUUGGUGAUACCGAAGAAGCAUGCGACGAGGUCCUUCCCCAAGGUGACUCCAGAGUCCAAUGAUGAGCUGCUGCUUGAGUUUCGGGACCCAGAGAGCCGGUUAUGGGUCUUCCGAUAUUGUUACUGGAAGAGCAGCCAGAGUUACGUCUUCACGAAGGGCUGGAAUAAGUUUGUGAAGGAGAAAAGACUUCAAGCAAAGGAUUCUGUUGCCUUCUACCACUGCGAGGAGCGAAAGAGCCCGUGGAGGGCAUAUUGCAUGAUUAAAGCAGUGCCCUUUCAGCAAGAACAGGGCCAGGAAAAUGGGAAUGUGAUGAUCGGUUUAGGCCUAAGUUAUAAAAGAGAGAUGGAUGAGGAGGAAGAGGAGGAGGUGAUAUCCGAGCCAAUGGCACUGUCGGGAGUCACGGAGGGAGAGCAAGAGAAGAAAAGGGUGAAGAUCUUUGGGGUGUGGGUUAGUUGA